AUGGGCUGUAUACAAUUCAGAGUUAAACCAAAUACAGCGGAAAAAUCCAAAUCAAAUGUAUCACAUGCGGAUACCGUCCAAGAUAUAUCAGGUGAAGCAGACAUCUCAAAAGCAUCUUCGACAGUUGUUUAUAGAAAUCCGUUGCCAAUACCAACAAAACUUGUUGUUUCAUCGGUCAUGUCGAAUGAGUCAGAAGAUCUAACAUCAUGCCUAGAAGCUAUAAUAUCAAGGACAGCUAUUGAAUCAACUGAAUCAAACAAUGAUCAUAAUAAUGUUAAUAAAGAAAUUGCAAUCGAGUCUGAUAAACCAAAUCCACUUAAUAAUAUAACCAUCGGUUCACCAUCAAUUCGCUCAAAUAAAUUUAACGAUCAAUUUUUAUCUGCUAGAUCAAAUGGACUUAAUACACAUCAAGAAUCAAUACAUGACAAUAAUUAUAACGAAUCCGAUACGUCUUUUCCCACUCAUGCUAGUAUUAUCAGUACAACAUCGAUCGAUUCCGAAGGAUCGGUAGCAUCUCGAAUAGAACACAAGAAAGAUAGAUUCGUUCUUUCGAAACAAUUAAAUCUUCAACAAAAAUCUUCUAGUGGUGGUUUCGAGGGUGAUAUGAUCUUUCCUGAUGGAUUCGAUCCAACAAUUGAACCGACUGGAAGAGGUGUGGCUAUUUAUGGACCUCGUCGUUGGUCUAAAAAUGUAAUUCCCUAUGAUAUGUCUUUAAUUACAAAUGCUGGACAUCGUAGUAUGAUUGAAUCAGCAAUGGCAACAUUAGUGAGUGUCACUAGUACACCUAUAUCAGGUCAAACAACACGCAAACCCUGUUUUACUUUUCGACCUGCAUUACCAAAUGAAUUAAACGUUCUGAAGAUUAAUUAUGGAACUGGUUGUAGUGCCACAGUUGGUUUUUCAUUUGCUCCAAAUACCAUGUCACUUGCCUAUCCUGGAUGUUUUGGUUCUGGUACUAUUCAACAUGAACUUAUGCAUGUUCUCGGUUUCUAUCAUGAACAAUCACGUCCUGAUCGUGAUAUGUAUGUUACUAUUAAUCAAGCUAAUAUUCAAUCGGGUCAUGAACAUAACUUUAACAAAUACAGAUGGGGUAAUACUGUUUACAAUCAAAAUACUAGUUAUGAUUUUGAAAGUAUUAUGCACUAUGGUAGUAAUUAUUUUAGUAGUAAUGGACAACCAACUAUUACACCUAAAGUGAAUGAUGUAAGAAUUGGUCAAAGAGAACAUCUUAGUCCAAUUGAUAUCGCUGAAAUUCGUUCAUUUUAUGGUUGUUCAAAUUAA